AUGCCCACCAGCUUCACCGUGGUGCCCGUGGAGGCGCAGGAGGACGGCGGCCAGGACGGGGCGGCCCGGCGCGCGGCGGCGUCGGAGCCCCCCGGGGCCCGCGAGCCCGGCCGCCCCCGCCCGGGAGAUGGGACCCCCCGAGAGAACAGCCCCUUCAUCAACGUGGAGGCCGAGGGCGAGAGUUUCUUCGAGGGGAAGAACAUGGCGCUGUUUGAGGAGGAGAUGGACAGCAACCCCAUGGUGUCUUCGCUGCUCAACAAGCUGGCCAACUACACCAACCUGAGUCAGGGCGUGGUGGAGCACGAGGAGGCCGAGGACAGCCGGCGGCGCGAGGCCAAGAGCCCGCGCAUGGGCACCUUCAUCGGCGUCUACCUGCCCUGCCUGCAGAACAUCCUGGGCGUGAUCCUCUUCCUGCGGCUCCCCUGGAUCGUGGGGGCGGCCGGCGUGCUGGAGUCGCUGCUCAUCGUGUCCCUGUGCUGCACCUGCACCAUGCUCACCGCCAUCUCCAUGAGCGCCAUCGCCACCAACGGCGUGGUCCCAGCCGGCGGCUCGUACUACAUGAUAUCCCGGUCUCUGGGGCCCGAAUUCGGGGGGGCCGUCGGCCUCUGCUUCUACUUGGGGACGACGUUUGCGGGGUCCAUGUACAUUUUGGGGACCAUCGAAAUUUUCUUGACCUACAUCUCCCCCAGCGCGGCCAUCUUCCAGGCCGAGUCCGUGGGGGGCGAGGCGGCCGCGCUGCUGCACAACAUGCGUGUGUACGGCAGCUGCACGCUGGCCCUCAUGGCCGCCGUGGUCUUCGUGGGCGUCAAGUACGUCAACAAGCUGGCCCUGGUCUUCCUGGCCUGCGUGGUGCUGUCCAUCCUCGCCAUCUAUGCCGGCGUCAUCAAGACGGCUUUUGACCCCCCGGACAUCCCGGUCUGUCUCCUGGGGAACCGGACGCUGGCCCGGCGCGGCUUUGAGGCCUGCGCCAAGGUCCACGCCACCGGCAACGGCUCGGUGCCCUCCACCCUCUGGGGCAUCUUCUGCAACGGCUCGACCCUCAGCGCCGCUUGCGACGGCUACUUUGCCCAGAACAACGUCUCGGAGAUCCAGGGCAUCCCCGGCGUGGCCAGCGGCGUCCUCCUGGACAACCUGUGGAGCACGUACGCCGAGAAGGGCGCCUUCGUGGAGCAGCCGGGCGUGGCCGCAGCACCGGUGCCCGAGGAGAACCGGGCGGCUGGGCUGCCCUACGUGCUAGCCGACAUCACCACCUACUUCACCAUGCUGGUGGGCAUCUACUUCCCCUCCGUGACCGGCAUCAUGGCAGGCUCGAACCGGUCUGGGGACCUGCGGGAUGCCCAGAAGUCCAUCCCCACGGGGACCAUCCUCGCCAUCGUGACCACGUCUUUCAUUUACCUCUCCUGCAUCGUGUUGUUCGGCGCCUGCAUCGAGGGCGUGGUCUUGCGGGACAAGGCUGCAGAGCCUGACGGGGGCGCCGCGCCUGCUGCAGGCCAUCGCCCCGCGACGGCAUUGUGCCCUCCCUGCAGCCACCUGCCCCCCCAGGUGUUUGGCCACGGCAAGGCCAACGGGGAGCCCACGUGGGCGCUGCUGCUCACGGCCCUCAUCUGCGAGAUCGGCAUCCUCAUCGCCUCCCUGGACAGCGUGGCCCCCAUCCUCUCCAU